AUGCUCGGCCUCUGCGACUUUGUGUUUGCCCACGAACGCGCGACGUUCCAGACGCCGUUCACAGCCCUCGGCCAAGCCCCCGAAGCGUGCUCGUCGGUGGUCUUCCCCGCGCUCAUGGGCCGCACGCACGCCAACGCGAUGCUUCUUCUCGGCCAAAAGCUCUCGGCGUCGACGGCGGCGCAGCGUGGGUUGGUCACGGAAGUCUAUGGCGCCGACUUUGAAGCGCAGGUCGCGGGCCAUGUGCAGACGCUGGCCAAGGCAUACCCCAACUCGAUGAAGCAGUCCAAGGCGCUCAUCCGUGGCAUCGACCUCGCGACGCUCCAAGCUGUCAACAAGACCGAAUGCAAAGUGCUCCAGAAGCUCUGGCUCUCGCCCGAGUGCUUGGACGCCGUGAGCAAGUUUUCGAGCCGCAAGUAG